AUGGACGAGCAUUCCUCCACAUCGGGUGGGCCACAGGAAGGCGGGGAUGCUGAUCUGCGACAGAAUCAGGGGAAUGUACUAUUCGUCGGCAAUCUUCCCUUUCAGACGCCGUGGCAGCAUGUGAAGGACCACUUCAGGAAGGCUGGGAAGGUGCGCUACACUGACCUCAUUGCGGACCGCAUGGGUCGACCGAAGGGGUCCGCGUUGGUGACGAUGGUUACUGCAGAGGGGGCACAGCGAGCAAUUCGCAUGUACAACGAAACUGACUUUGAGGGACGCCGACUCAUUGUUCGUCUCUUUGAUGACGGCCCCCGUCCACCGAUUGUGCAGCGUGGCAUGAUGCCUCAGUACGACCGUCAGGCCCAACAGCAGCAGCAACAGCAGCAGCAGCAGCAACAACAGGCGACACGAUUGCGUGGCUACACCAGCGCAGCUGCUGGAGGUUCGAACUACAACAGUGCAAACAACUUUGGUCGUGGUACGGAGUACAUGGGUCGUGGUGGCUACACGAUGGAGGAGGAUGCCGCUGCGACGAACAUGAACGAUAUGAAUGAAGUAGUUCCCAAGCCGCGCAGUCAGCAGGUGAAUGAAUUUGGACGAAAGCUGUUUGUUUCAAAUUUACCGUUUGACUGUACAAGCAGUGCGCUGCGAGAGACAUUUCAGCAAGUUGGCAACGUGGAGCGGGCGGAGGUCAUCAUGGGGCGGAAUGGAAAGAGCAGAGGAAUGGGCAUUGUCGUGAUGAGGACGGAAAAGGAGACUCGCCUGGCUAUAGAGGAAUUUGACGGCAUUGAGAUGGCCAACAGGGCGAUGAGUGUCCGCCUGGACAACAAAGCCACAACGUAA